AUGCCGCCUCACCCACCAGAAGAGACGUCAGUCUUGAGCCACCGGCCUGGACAAGACGACGAGUCGUCCCGCCUGACAGUCCACUCAAAAGAUCCUCUAGCAUUCUCGUCUGCCAAUCAGCUCAGCGUCGGGGGACUCAAGGGAGGGCUUCACUUUUCGGGCCUCUACGCGAGUGUCGACCACAACAACGAUAAUAACGAUCUUUCUCCUGAGGUGUACAGAACCGGUAUGGCCGUCGGUCGUGGAGGAGGGAUCGACGUUGGUGGACAACAACCUCAGCCGUCGCAGCAACCAAACGGGAUAAAGAACAACUCUGGUGGUAUGGUGGCAGUCCUGUCGUACAGGUUGGGUGAUGGAUCUGCGUUGUUGCCACCUUCACCUUCGAUGACGCCGAUUGGAUUGAUGGAAGGACCUCCUAAGCCUCUUCGUGAGUUGAAUGGUGCAGCGGCCUAUCCGGGGAAUGGAGUGGGAGGUGGUCAGCAGGGGCGUGGGUAUUACUUUGACCAGCAACCUCAUCACAUCCACCACCACCAACAACAACAGCAACAGUAUUAUCAUCCUUACCAGCAGCACCAACAACUCCACCAGCCCCAGCCUCGAGGUCCCCCAAGUACAUAUCUUAAUGAGUUCGGAAGUCAGCAGCAGCAGCAGCAGCAGCAGCCGAAUGGGCACCAACCCUACAUACCCUACUCUGGCAACUCGUCUCCAGCCUUCCCAAACAGCCCCACGAUAGAGAACUUCCACUCCGCAUACUCUUCUCCUGUCAUUCACCACCGCAACUACGAAUCCCUGCAAUCCUCGCCUCACGACCUAGCAGCCCACUACCGGUCUUCUCAAGAGCAACUUGCAUUCUACGAUGGCAAAUCUGCUGUGGUGGCUUCCAUCGCCCCUCCUCCUUACACGCCCACGACCCCACAGAGCUAUGGUCUUAAAUCAUCCUACGUUUCGCUGUGGAAGAAAGCUACUUGGAUCGUCUUCACCAUGGGAAUCUUCCUCAUCCCUUACGGGGUUCUCAAAGCCUGUUUCCAUCUCCAAGUCUCUGCAGGCGCCUGGCAGACGUCCAUCACCUAUGGGAUGUUAAUGACCGCAGAUUUCUUUGCCGUCAUCUGUUUCUCAGCCCUAAACCGCCGUCGCGUCAACCAACGUGUCAAGAAACGUGACCCAUACUGGGUCGGACUGAGUACAGGCAUCCUAGCAGUCGGAUACCGCGAAGACCCAAUCCUCCUAGAAGGGUGCUUGAAAUCUCUCCGCGCGAUCCGGUACCAGCGUAACCAACGCGUCAUGCUAGUUGUGGACGGUAACGAGGAGCAGGAUGAGUAUAUGGCCCAGAUCUUUAUGAAGAUCUUUGAGAAGCAAGGGGCGGCAGUUUUUCGACCAAAUUUCUUGUGUAUGGAUCGGGAGGCGAGUGAUAAGUCGAGGGAGGAUCUGGUGAGACAGUUGGCGUACCAUCCGGGCCCUGUUUGUGUGAUGCAGCCGCAUCGGGGGAAACGGUCAGCCAUGUAUACGGGCUUUGCGGCGUUGUUGCAGCAGGGGAUUGAGUCUGUGGUCGUUACAGAUUCUGAUACUUAUCUUGACCCUGCCGUCUGCAAAGAAUUGGCAUUUGCGUUGGCAGAGUCACCAAUCGUGGGCGCAGCAACAGGAGAGGUCCGGAUCUACAACACAGGAACCUGGGUCUCCUUCCUCUCCUCCCUCCGGUAUUGGUUCGCCUUCAACCUCGAGCGCGGCGCCCAAUCCUACCACUCCGUCGUCAACUGUGUCUCAGGUCCUUUAGGAAUCUACCGCAUGUCAAUCGUUGCCGACGUGAUGGACUCCUGGGUCAAACAAUCCUUCCUGGGCGUCCUAUGCACCUACGGCGACGACCGACACCUUACAAAUCUCGUCCUCCGUGAGGGUUACAAAGUCAAGUUCUCUCAUCACGCCAUCUGUUACACCGACACGCCGAUCCGGUUCAUCGCCUGGGUGACCCAACAAACCCGGUGGUCGAAAUCUUUCUUCCGCGAGAUCCCUAUCCAGCUCGGAUGUAUGCAUCUCCACUCGCCUUGGAUGACCUACGCGUUGUUGUACCAGUUGAUCUACCCGAUGAUGAUGAUCUAUAACCUGGUGAACUGUAUUUAUUUCGGCACAGGGUCCCAGAUUGCAUGGUGGAUGUUUUCGAUCAUGUUGGUGGGGUUGAUGAAGACGGUGUAUGCGGUGAGGGUGACAAGGGAUAAGAAGUUUUUCUUUACGACCAUUUAUGGGUUCUUGUAUAUGUUGGGAUACGUCCCCGCAAAGGUCUACGCCGCCCUGACCCUCUACGACAACUCCUGGGGCACCAGGAAUUUCACUCAACUGCAAGCCUACAUCGCCCCCGUAACAUGGGGAACCAUCCUCUUCUUUGGCGUCUUCAACAACCCCACCCGGUACUCUGAACGCGCACCCAUCCCCGAAGGUCUCUCACCCUCACUCCUGACCGACGAGAAAGUCAUCCGGAUCCUCUUCACCUUUGGAGAUUUCUCGUAUGAGGAGUUGUUUGAGUGUAUGUCGGGGUAUGUGGAGGUUGAGGGCGGUGGUGGUGUUGUUGGGGGAGGGAAGCGGAAGGUUGCAAGGUUUGAGGUGUAA